UCCACAGAUCAUGCCUACACAUGCCGCGAGAAUAUGCAAGUUAGCGCACACUAAGCCCCGGCUCCAACCAACACAGGACCCAGUGAGCAAAUUCAACCACUCACAGAAAUACACAUAUACUCAAUAGUCCGCAUUUUCGUAUGCAUGACUACUUCAACGGCCGGAUGCGGCGCAUCACGAGGCGUCUGUUCCUUGCUCACAUCGUGUUGAGCCUCAUGCGCAUCAACAACUGCCUUGGCCGUGGAGAACGUUCAUCCUGGCAGACAGGGCUUUUCCGACUUGAUGAUUCAGAGGAGCAAAUGGGCAGCCACUACCGUUCUGCAACGUGAUACCGCCGCCUCACCCUCCCAACAGUCCACAACGCUCAUCCCUCUGUUAGUCCCUCGACACUACACACGCCUCACACCGCCUCCCCACUACCACCAAACGCCCAAUCCCAAACACCAACCGCUAGGUAAUCCUCACACAAAGCAAAACUCGCCACCUCUCACAGAACCCAAAAAAAUCCCUUCGCCCAAAACACGUACAAGCCCCAUCCCUACAAACCUGCCUCGCCUGCUCCGUAUCCCCGUUUCCCCUCUUCCUUCCUGCCUCCCGGCGCUUACGCAGGCCAAGUCCCACAUAGGCGAGCAGCUCGUGCUACAGCGCUACAUGUUUUGUAACGCAUGGUAACACAUAGAUCUUGACGACUGGUAGAGCGGUGGUACAUGUCGGC